AAGGUUUGGGGAGAUCUAGACCAAAAAGUAGACUACUCAACAAAAUAUUUGGUUACUAAAGGUGUUCAAAAUAGGUCUUCAAAGUUGGUACCAGUCAGUAAUUACAGCCUUAACACUUUUUUCAGCUAUUAGGUCAACUGUUGGCCUUCUAUUACCCACUGGAACUGCAAUUAAUAUAACAAUAUAAAGCGUAAAUAAGUUUAUUGUGUACUUUUACUAAUGAUAUCCAUCUGCUUACGUACUAUUAUAACAUGAAGACUGAGACUGUAUGUGGUAGUGUGUUGACUUGGGUAAUAUUUUCUCCUACGCCCCUGAACGCAGCGCGGCUCUGGGACGGUUCAUCCCCCCGUGUCCCGACCCGCUGGAGGACAGUCUGAACUCGGGAGGGGAAGCUACCACUGCGCCGCUGUUAAACUCCCAGGAUUUACACUCUGCCAUUUUGAGGAAAACCGGGUCGACGCCGCGAGUCCAAGCGCACCCAGAGCAGGGAGUCAUGACCUAAGCCAACAGCGGGCCCCUGUUAGCUUAUAAGACUGAAGGACACAAGGACAUAGCAUAAAGGGGCUGUUCGACCUUGGUUGGACCUGUCAGCAUGUGCUCCACAAACCACUCAAACUGGGUGACGUUUGAAGAUGACAGUGCCCCUUUCGCCUCACCUCAGAAACCCCUGCAAGCACAAAGCCUCCUCAAAGCAUCAGUGCCACGUCCCAACGGACUCAAACUAAGACUUCCUCCCAUUAGAGACAAUUCCUGGAGCUUUAACAGCUCGCUGGACUCUCCUCAGUCCAGCCUCAGCAGCAGCUCUUUUGCACCAUGUAUCACUCCCCUUUGCACUCCAGUGAGCGGGCUCCCAAGCAGCGCAUCCCCCUUUCACUCCAGCUCAUGGGAAAGCAAAGACUUAUUCUCCUCCAGCCCCUCUGCAGCCUCGGUUUCCUCUCCUGGGUCUGAGGCUCAAAGUUCAGAUGGACCAAAUCCCUUCCCUUCUUUCCAGGGAAACUCAGGGCACUAUAACCCCUUUUGGCAUGCAUCCAGGCACAGUGCGGACGUGGACAGCUCCUCCUCAGACUCAGACACAGACUCUAAUACUUUACCACGCUUUUUUAUCCGGACCAAAGAUGGCAGCGAACCCCCACGGGACCACCUCCAAAACUCUCUCUCCUACGUGUGCCACAAACUGGAAGGCCUGAAGGCAAAGGCAGACCAAGAUGAGGAGAGAGGAGGAGGAGAGAGGCGGCUGAGCUGCAGAGAUGAAGUUGUAAGUGAUGGUUCAUGUCAGUUUGUCCCUCGAGGCUUGUUUCGGAGCCAGAGGAGAGAUGGUUGGUCUGUAAUGCUCAGGAUCCCAGAGAAGAAGAACCGCAUGUCCUCACGGCAGUGGGGGCCCAUCUAUCUGCGGCUGCUGCCGGGGGGCGUUCUGCAAAUGUACUAUGAGAAAGGACUGGAGAAGCCCUAUAAAGAGUUCCAGCUCCUCCCACAGUGCCGGCUGUCAGAGCUGAAGUUAGAAAGCUACGGAGAACCACGUAAAGUCCUGACUGUGAAGGUGGAGCACUUCUCCUACACAGAGAAGAAACGCUUCCAUCCCAAACAGGAGGUCAGCCACGAGGCUGAGGUGGAGCAGCUGCUUAAACUGGGCUCCACAUCUCACGAUGACAUGGAAGACUUGGUGGUCUCCAUGGAGGAGGAAAUAUUUCAGCUCAGUGCUCCCCACCAGCCCAGGCGGCACUAUGAGGAGCAGGAGCUGUCCCUGCAGAUCACGGACCACAUCUGGAUACAACUGGACAAGUCUGGAGACGUGAUGGAAAGGGCUGCUUUCACCCAGAUCCAUUGCCUCGCCUUUCUAAACGGAUUAUCUGAAUGUUUUCUGGCUCUGAACGACCUGCUGCUACAGCAGCAUAACCCCAGCUAUGAGUCAGAGGAGGCCAGUGAGCUCUGGAUGGAGAUAGCUGACUGUCAUUUUCACAAAUGUGUGAAUGAGACAGAAUUUCACAUGUCCCGGCUAGUUAAGUUCACCCCCCCUGACGCGUGCCGAGUGGAGCUGAUGCGCUUUAAGACCAUGAGUCUGGGUUGCACUGAAGCGCCCUUCUCAGUGAAAGCCGUGGUGACGGUGCAGGGGGCCUACGUGGAGCUGCAGGCCUUUUUAAACAUGUCCCCAGCCUUCCUCAGCUCAGGCAUGGGCCUAUGUGACUCCUUCCCCCUGUGUGAAAAUGUGCUGAUCCGAGUGCCAGUGCCCGGAGACUGGGUCAAAGUCACUCAGACUGUGGCUUUACUGCGGCAGAGGUCCCUGAAGGCUCGCAUGAACAGAAACACCUGUUUAGGAGCAGCAGGUACAGUGAACUCUCAGCCCGUCAUGCAGGUCUCCAUUGGAACCGUCAAAUAUGAGAAUGUGUACUCUGCAGUCGUCUGGAGGAUCGACAGACUACCCGCUAAAAAUACAGCAGUGGACCAACCCCAUUCAUUCUCCUGUAAGCUGGAGCUGGGGUCUGAUCAGGAGAUCCCUAAUGACUGGUACCCUUUUGUCUCUAUGGAAUGUGAAAUUAUGGGGGCCGUAGUGUCACAAACCAGGGUCAAGUCUCUGGGCACUACCAACGACAUCCAACCGCAGAAACACAUCACCAGCUGGACUCGCUACCAUGUUCAAGUGGAGGUGGAGAGAAAGUGGAUUGAGACGGAGUCGGAGAGGCAGUCUGGCUGCAUGACACAGUGAUGAUUAAAGAAAGUCUGUUCCCGUUGGAUUUUCUACUCAACAAAAAGGAAGAACAAAAGGGAGGUGAUGAGGGACUUGCUGCUUGCAUCUGAUAAUUCAUUAUAACUAUUCAUAGCCCGCAAGUGUUGGAGAUGUGAUAGUUUUAUGUCUUAACUAAACCAAGACUGAAUUAGUCUAGACCUAAUGAGCAGUUUAACAUGUUCCUUUUGCCUAGCACUUUACAUUUAUAGUGUAAUGACUGUAAGUCCAGUAUAUGGGUACUGUGUAUAAGCUUUCCUUUGUCUGCACUGCACAUUGACUGGCAGCCUUAAGAGAUGUGGGCAGAACUUGCUCUUUAAGAAAAACAGCUGAAGUAAUGAGUUGUGUUGUUAGCUUAAAGGUACAUUAUAUUGACUGUUAAAGGCUGCUCACACACACAACAUUAGUUCCACUUUAUGUUGAUUGUUAUUAAGCUUAAUUUAUUGUUGAAAUGUGUUUUUUUACUGUGUUAGUAUUAGUACACUGAAAUACCUAACACAAUGUAAAACUGAUUGAAUGGUUUGGCCUUAAUAUGCUUAAUCAAAUAAUAGUCGAUUUUUCAUGGAACCAACAACUUCAACAACAACACCAACUUCAGUGAAUUUAAUCAUGCUCACUGAACUAUUUAUCUAUACGGUCAGUGGUGCUGAUAUGAUGUGCAUUUCAACCCAGUUUUCAGUCUCAACAAAACUCAUUACUUUUGCUGCUCAUCUGGAACUGUGGCUUUAGAACAUUGUUUUUACUCUGGAGGACUGUAAACUUUAUUUAAAUAGAUCAAAUCUCUAUCUCUGUUUUGCCUAUUGUACAUGAUGCAAUAAAUAAUAAAAAAAAAAUAAUAAUGGUAAAGCUUUAUGGUGAAAAAGGUGAACUCAAGUGAAGAUCUUGAUGUAUGCAGUAGCUGGCUAAGCCGGAUAUUAUGUUAUACAGUAAAACAACUUCAAUCCAA